AAGAAUACCUUUCUACUUUUGCGUGAGGUAUACGACUUCAAGAGACAGACAUUCGUAAACCUCACCUGUUGGGGGCGUGUAGCAUGUGACGUGCUGAGUCGGAGAUUCAGGAAGUGUUGGAAGGUUUGUAAUUCAAGGGAGAUCACUCUCGGUUCCGGUAAGAAAAUGGCAGACAAACAAAGGCUUUUCAAUGCGAACAAAAUUCAACGAAGUUAUAAACAACUCGUGGACGGCAUCGAUGCAGUACUUAUAGACAUAAUACUUGAUGAGUUUUUUGCAAGUUCAAUCUUUACUGAAGAGGAAAUGUACACUGUUCAAGCGGAGAAAGUUAUACAUCAAAAAAAUCGGUGUUUUCUCAAAUUCCUUCUUGAAAAAAUGAAAAACGAGGACAAAAGUAAUAUUUCUAGAAUAUUUGAUGAAUUUUUGAAGUGUCUGAGAGACAACACUUGCGAUUCUUUGGCCACAAUCGUGGAAGAAACUGACAAUUCCCCGGUGGUGGAGCCUGAAGUGGCUGCCGUCCUCAAUUGUGCUAAAGAUUUAGAUCUAGACGAGAGAUUGCUUGGUCGUGUGUUAUUGUUUGUGUCAAGUGGUUGGGAAGCUGCGGCAAUCGAAUUAGGCGUUGAAAUGGGGAAAAUCACUAACGCUAAGAAUAGUGGCAAUGAGUACAUGCAGAAGUUCGUGGUAUUUAAUGCCUGGAGACGAAAAGAAGGUUUCAUGCCUGGUGGAUUAGUAAAACUCUUGAAAGCCCUCAGUCAAUUUCCAGAACUUCCAGAGAUGGUAAACUGGGGUAAAUUGAAGGAAUCCCUCGAGAGCUAUCGUCAAGAAAAUUUGGGUCGUUCAGCUACGAUUCCCUCUUAAAAACCUAAUGGAAAAUUCUAAUGGAUUUGUGUUUGAAUAAUAUUGCGCAAACUCUUGGUGCUGGCAUUGGGACCAAGUACUGAGAAGCAGCUGAAAGCAAAAUCAAUCAAGAUAUCAGGUGUGUCAAAAGGCCCAACACCUGUUGAUUUGGCUAAACUCAUCAAAGAGCUCAGCUGAUUUUUGAUUAUUCAAUUGUGAAUUUAAAAAAAAAGCAAAAAAACAAAACAAUCUAAUUUAAUGUAAAAUAAAUCACAAUUAUUACAGUCAUCCCCCGGUGUUCAUGCUUGUUACAUUCCCCAAGCUCCCACAAAUACUGAAAAUGCGUGAAUAUCGGAUGUGGUCUAUAAAAUGCCUAUAAAUGUCAAAAUAUAACUUAAAAUAUUACACACACACCUGCACAUAAUAUUUAAUAAUGAUUUAAUAAAGAAUGAUGUAAAA